AUGGCAAGCGCCUGUUCAAUGCUCUGUGUGAUCAUUAUCACUAUUUUUAUCCCUCCCCUCGGUGUCUUCCUCACCGCAGGUUGUGGUGUUGACUUCUGGAUUAAUGUCCUCCUUACGAUUCUGGGAUACUUCCCUGGUCAUAUCCACGCCUUCUACCUAGAAUACGUCUAUUAUCAUCGUCGCAAGCAAGAUCCCAUGACCCGCGCGACUCAACGGCCGGCGCCCGGUGUCUAUUCGGAUCGCGUCCAAAAUGGUGGCCACUCGAACCGGAAUUAUGGCACGGUCUAA